UGUCCAAAGUAUAAUGAGCUUACCAUGUUCAAUUGUGUAUAAAAGAACAAGUGACUGUGAUAUUAACAUUUUUCCCUUGUUUUGUUUGGGCCCGCCUGUCUCUGAUCUCUCCUCAUGGCUACCAGAAAGUUACCAUUCGGUUUGAAAGCUCCCUCCAGAGGAACUCUCAUCUUCAGCUCAAUAGUAAUUGGAAUAUCUGGAGUUGUCUAUGGUAGCAACUAUUACUCUAAACAAUCCCACCAAAGACUAUACGACCGAGUGACAUGGUUGGCUGAUCGACCUUUAGGUGUCCGGAUGCCUCGUAAAGUUACAAUUUAUAUUGCACCACCACCGGGCGAUGGUAUGGACAAAAGCCGUGUUUGGUUCCGUGAAUAUGUCAAGCCCGUGUUGUAUAAGGCUGCCGUGGACUACGAAAUUAGAGAAGGAAGAAACAAUGGCGAUAUCGAGGCAAUGAUCUGCGAAGAAAUUAGACAAAAGCGCAAAGCAGCCAAAGAAGGUACCAAACCAGCUAUGGUAGUAGCAGCCAAGGCCGGCAACCCAUUUUCACCUGUCCCUGUUCAACAAAACGAGAUCGACGGCAUCAUCGCUAUUGGUAGAGUGGCUUGGAAAGAAGUACUGAAUGGUUUAGCGAAAGGCUGUGAAGCUUCUCUGAAGGACGAGAAGAUUGAAGAAGUAAAGCCGGAAGCAGUUGCAAUUGUAGAUGAGAAAUCUACAACACCUGAAGACAACAAUAAUCAGCCUGAGCAAUUGUCUUUCCAAGGAGAAACCAACCACCGCGACGAAGAUGCUCCUCUCGCUGGUGAACCAGCUGUAGUUGUAUCCGCUUCAGGCGACGAAAAUUCACAAGACUUUGCACUAGUCGAUGGUAAUAUGGUAACCGAGGAAGAACCAGCAUUUUCGUUGCCACCAUCCUUCCCUCCCGUCAUGUAUAUCCCUCACAACAACGUUAUUGGAUGGUACAACAUCCCGUACAGAUUGUACAUGUGGGCUGCUGACUACAAGCGAGUUGACUGGAUUGGAGAGUAUUCUGUUGCCGUUGCGCUGAAUGAGAGAAAGCCUCUGGAAGAGAGCGAGAUUGACGUCGGCCAGGAAGAAAAGAAAUACUGGCUUGGCGACGAGGCGAAGGAAAUGCUUGCAAAUGAUACACCUAUCAAGUUGGAUGACCGAGUGCGAGAGCAUUUGACUACUUUUGUUCGUUCUUAAAGCCAGGGUUAGAUAGCUGGCAUGUUUUGUAACGUUUAGACAUUUCUUGUUGUAAUAUUAAUUUUCUUCUUUUGAUGCAUAAAAAAAAAUAUAUCUA